AAUUUUUUCUCGAAAAUUCGUAAAAAAAAAAAGGGAAAUUCCAUUAUCAAAGUCUAUAUAUACUCCAUUCACCGGAUGCUGCAAUCCUUCUUCUUCUUCUCUCUCUUUCUUCUCAGCUCUUCCUCUUCCUCCUUCUCUCUCUCUUUCUGAGGAAAAAGGAAGGAAGAAAGUGGGGGAAAAAAUAAAGAAAAAUAAAAAAAGAAAAAGCAUAUUUUGGUUUCCUGGGCACUUGAAUAUGCAUUUGGAAUUUUAUCGGGAAUAAAAACGAUUGAUUCACGGACACGGGCUGUGGUUUGGUGGGGUGGGGUGGGGGGGCAUAUGGAGAUCAUGCCCUCAGUUCCGGCUGUUGUUCUUGUUCUGGUCGUCAGAUCUUAGCGGUGUCGUCGCGAGAUUCGGCGUCUCCCGGGUUUGUGUCCUGAUCGGUGCGAAUCUGGACGUGGGUCGUUUUCGAUUUUCAAGAAUUGGGUGGUUUUUGGAUCUUGAUGGAUUGGAUGGGCUCGGUUGUUUGUUUUGAUUAGGUGGGAUUGAGUUCUGGGGUCGGCGAGGCGAGGAUCUUAUGCUGCUUCGGUCUUGAAUCUGAAGAUUGUACUUUUUUUUUGAUAAUUUAUUUGUUUGGCUUGGCAUCGAGCUCGCGGUUCGUGCUCAUCUGUCGACAGAAGAGGCAAUGCAAUCUGAUAAUGGGAAGCUAUUCAUCGGUGGAAUAUCGUGGGACACAAAUGAGGACAGAUUGAAGGAGUACUUUGGUGCUUAUGGAGAGGUGGUGGAGGCAAUCAUCAUGAAGGAUCGAACCACGGGUCGUGCCCGCGGUUUCGGUUUUGUCGUUUUUGCGGAUCCGGCUGUUGCCGAAAGAGUCAUCAAGGAUAAGCACAACAUCGAUGGCCGGAUGGUCGAGGCUAAGAAAGCUGUUCCUAGGGAUGACCAGAAUAUUCUGAGUAGGAACAGCGGCAGCAUUCAUAGUUCUCCUGGCCCUGGCCGCACCAAGAAGAUUUUUGUAGGAGGUUUAGCAUCCACAGUAACUGAGAGUGACUUUAAGAAGUACUUCGAGCAAUUUGGUACAGUCACAGAUGUUGUGGUAAUGUAUGAUCACAACACCCAGAGGCCUAGAGGCUUUGGGUUUAUCACUUAUGAUACAGAGGAAGCUGUGGACAAGGUGUUGCUCAAUACUUUUCAUGAACUGAAUGGCAAAAUGGUUGAGGUGAAGAGAGCAGUUCCCAAGGAGCUAUCACCAGGUCCAAGUCGUAGCCCACUUGGUGGGUAUAAUUAUGGGAUGAGUCGUGUCAAUAGCUUUCUCAGUGGAUACACUCAGGGAUAUACCCCAAGUGCUGUGGGAGGAUAUGGACUUAGGAUGGAUGGUAGGUUUAGUCCGGUUGCAGGAGGUCGAAGUGGAUACCCAGCAUUUGGCAUGAAUUUUGAGACAGGGCUUAACCCAAAUUACGGCGGCAAUACAAAUUUCAGUAACAACAUCAGCUAUGGCCGGGGACUGAAUCCUUAUUACGUUGGCAAUUCCAAUAGAUUUAACAGCACAGUUGGAUACGAAGGAGGCAAUGGAGGAAGCUCUUCCUUCUUCAGUUCAGUGACUCGGAAUCUCUGGGGAAAUGGGGGCCUGAAUCAGGCCACGAACCCUACAAGCUCCAACACCAAUACAGGAGGAAAUUUGGGCAUCGGAGGAAACAGCUUUGGCGGUAGUGCUAUUAAUUGGACCUCCUCACCAAUUACUGCUCAAGGCGGUGGAAACAGCGCCUCCAAUGAUAGUGCAAAUUUUGGUUAUGGAGGUGGUAGCAACAGCUACGCAUUGGGCAGUGUGGGGUAUGGAAGAAACAGCAGAUCUGGUGGCCCCUUGACAUCAUCAUAUGGUACAUCAAAUGGUGCUUAUGAUGGUGCCUUUGCAGACCUUUAUGCAAGUGGUUCAGUGUAUGGUGAUGCUACUUGGCGCCCGCCAAAUCCUGAGAGGGGAGGAUCUGGUUCAUUUGGUUAUGGAAUUGGCAAUGCUGCUUCAGAUGUUUCAGCUAAAAGUUCUCCAGGUUAUGUUGGUGAUUACAGCGUCAAUAAGAGAGUGAACUAGAGGCAUUGCUUCCUAGGGAGAUCAUCUCCAUACAUUCAGAAUGCAGUAGGUGAAGAAGAAAUUGGUGAAGCUGGUGAACUAUGAUCUGGGAUAUCUCUCUAAAACUUUGGUCAAAGAAAUUGGUUGUUUAGAGCUAACGGGAUUGUCUUUUGGAAAAUUAAACUUACAGAUAGAAGUUACACAAGGAUUUUGUGUUGAGGCUUGAGUUUUUUGAGGUACAACUUUAGGUUGUUUUCUGCUACUUGAGUGAUGUAAAAUUAGAUUUCGGAUAUAGUCGGAAAUGUAUCAUGCAUCCUUGGUGAGGUGGCGAUACAUAGAAGCAUAGACUGAUAAAAUUUUUCCCCUAGAUUUUUAUUUCCUCAAUUGUCUGGCAAGGUUGUGAGUUCUUGUCCAGGUUCCUUUCUUUCUGCAGAUUGUAACUGGAAUUCUUGAUUUACUAGUGUGAAAACGUUAAGGGAUACCCAUGUAGGGUCCCGGGAAUAAGCUACUACAUAAUUCGAUUCUUUCUUCCGUGGAUACUAUUAAUGAGACACAUUUGAGCUUUAUUUGAUUGCAAA